GCGGGAGCAGGCUCCCGCGGCGCUGUCCAGGAGCUCGAGGUUGAGAGUGCUUGGGAGGGGACACCCGGCCGCCCGGCCGCGGACGUCUAAGCGAUGUUUUACUCAGGGCUCCUCACCGAGGGCGGCCGCAAGGAGACAGAUAUGCGGGAAGCGGCGUCCCUGCGGCAGCAGCGCCGGAUGAAGCAGGCGGUGCAGUUCAUCCACAAGGACUCCGCCGACCUGCUGCCCCUGGACGGCCUCAAAAAGCUGGGCUCGUCCAAGGACACGCAACCUCAUAACAUUCUGCAAAGGCGCCUCAUGGAAACUAACCUGUCUAAGCUCCGAAGCAGUCGUGUCCCAUGGGCUUCUAAGACCAGCAAAUUCAAUCAGGCUAAGUCUGAAGGGCUAAAGAAAUGUGAAGAUGAUGACAUGAUUUUAGUAUCUUGCCAGUGUGCUGGGAAGGACGUGAAAGCUUUGGUUGACACUGGCUGCCAAUAUAAUCUCAUCUCCUCAGCCUGUGUGGACAGAUUGGGACUAAAAGACCAUGUCAAAUCUCACAAGCAUGAAGGAGAGAAGCUUUCUCUGCCACGGCAUCUCAAAGUAGUAGGCCAAAUUGAGCACCUAUUGAUUACAGUGGGUUCUCUCCGUCUGGAUUGCCCAGCAGCUGUGGUUGAUGAUAAUGAAAAAAGCUUGUCGCUUGGUCUCCAGACUCUUAGAUCCCUGAAGUGUAUCAUAAAUUUGGACAAGCACCGGCUGACUGUGGGGAAGACAGACAAAGAAGAAAUCCCGUUUGUGGAGACAGUUUCUAUGAGUGAUGACAACACUUCAGAAGCAUAACUGCAGCCUGAAGCGUGUGUGCAUGUACACACACACCAGGUUGACAGACUGAGAAAACUGAGUUCGAACUAAAUACAGUAGCAACUUGCUAUGGACCAAGUCCUUCCCUCCAGUACAUCCUGCAGGGGCUUCUUCCCACUCAGACCUUUCUAGACUAUAGUCUGUGCUUAGAGAUGUUGUCUGGUUAAUGGCUUAAUGGUUAAACAGACAUUGUUUUUUACUUCUUUGACUAUUUAACUUAUAGACCUUUUUUGACACUGCCAGGUCUUAUUUGUGGCCUAUUUCUCUGCUUCUUCCAAGAAUUUGCUUUGUAUUAAUCCAGUGUAGGGGCUUCCAGGCUCUAUUUCUCCAUAGAUAACACUUGCUUUUUUAAAAUAUUAAAAUAUAUACUAAAUAGGAACUUUCUUUCAGCUGUUUCAAAGAUGUGUAGAAACAUGUCUUGACGCUAGAAUCUCUUCUGAAGCAAUAGAUUUUUUUCCAGUGUGAACUGAUCUGAAAGAUGUUUCAGAGAGAUCAACUGGUCCAGACAUUUAAUUUAAACACACAGACAGGCCAUUGAAUUGUCUAAAUUCAUGUCUUAAGUCAGUGGCAGAAGACAGCCAGAAUCCGGGCCUGAUAUCCAAACCAAGGCUCUUAUGCUGCUUCAUUUGUUUUCUAGCCUCAAGAGGAAGGCAGGAAAGUUAAAGUACAACAAAGGAGGGUGCUGGAUGUGGCUUAGUGGUGGAGUGCUUGGUUAGUGUGCGCAAGGGCCUGGGUCAAUCACAGCAGUAGACAUAGAAAGAUGGCUUGCUGAUUAAGAGUGCUUGCUGCGUAAGCACGAAGACUGCCAUUUGGAUCCCAGUAUCCUAACAAUAGCUGGGCAUAGUCCCACACACACCUGAGACCCCAGAACCAACAGGAUAACAAAUGGAACUUUCUAGCUACCAGUCUAACCAAAAGAGAGAGGGAGAGACAGGAAGAGGGGGAGGAAGGAGAGUGAGGGGGUAUCUCCAUAGUCUUUGCCUCAAAGGAACCAAGUGAAGUGUGGGAGAGGAAUAGAGGACACCCACAUGCUCCUCUGGCCUCUGUGAGCAUGCACAGGUGCACAGCUCCAUGCACUCAUACAAAUUCCUACACAUACUCACAGACACACAUGGACACACACCACAGGAAAAAAAAUGAGAGGGGAUAAACAGGCUACGAAGAUGAGACAGUCUCUCACAGUGAACAAGAGAAGAAAGAAACCACAGACAGGAAAGGAUAUUAUUAGUUCCUGAGAUAGUAUUGAUGAUGUCGUUGUCACUAUGGGAUAUUGAUUACCCCUAAGAACCAGUCAGAAUUUCUGUCUGUCUUGUUACAUGUCACAAAGAUUCAAGUAGCUGGAAGUAGAGACAGGAAAAGGAAAAAUAAAAAUCAAAGUAGGCCAGAAUAGAAGAGAGGAGACUGAGUCCACCGAGUGGGAAAGCCUACCUGGGAGACUUUCCGGGGAUUGAAAUAGGGAGUGAAAUCUCCAGGCAGGGAAGGAAAGACUGGCAAGCCCUCAGUACAAGGGAAGAAGAAAGGUAGCUGGCAGCAUUAAGAGCCAUUAACAGCUGGGUGUGGCAUAUGCCUUUAAUAUCAGCACCCAGAAGGCAGAGGCAGAGGUGGGCAGAUAUGAGUAGGAGACCAGCCUGGUCUACACAGUGAAUUCCAGGCCAGUAAAGGAUAGUCUCAAAAGACAAAAAUAAAAUAAAAAUAAAAUAAACCAGAAUAAACGGUAUAAGUCCCCAGUAUUUCCUGACCUGACCUAUCUCAGUGGAUUGAGGUAAUCACAGGAUUUUAAAAAAGUUUUUUUUUGUUUUAUUUUAAUUAAUUAAUUAAUUAAUUAAUUUUGCUAUUGUGUUUUCUCGGGCAUAGAGGUGCCUGUAAAGGAAUCUGUUCUUCAGUUCAGUUACAGAAAUAUUUGACUAAGGCAGAAAAAUAGCUAACUGCAAGUAAUCCUUUAAGAUAUUUCUAAGUCUACCGUUGGCUCAUGGCAGUUCUCAAACUUUGAAUCGUGUCAGGUACCACGGUCUUGUCCAGUGUCCCAGCCUUCAGCCUGGCCAUGAGAGCUCCCUUAUGUGGGGGAGCAUGCUCCUUCCCGAGGCUCCCUGCACUUUUGUUCACCAAAGCAUCAUGCUGGCCAGCUCUUCCAGGACAGGGCUGGAGAUGUCACCCUUAUUUCCCUACUUGAGAGUUCUACCUCAAGCCCUGACAGUUGACUGCAAAGGAAGCAUGCUGCAGGUUCCUUCUAGUGUCUCUUCGUUUGGAUUUCCUGAGGACCAGUGAGGCCAGGAAUUCUCAGGUUCUUGAAAGAGGCAUUGAUUUUGGCCCUUUUCAGUCCAGCACAGUAUGGCACCAGGAUGAAUACAUGGCCUUUAAUGUUCCUUCUUGUCUCUGAAAAUCAGUCAGUUAUUUUCUAAUUUGGGAAAAGAAACAACGGGUGAACUGGACUUCAGGUCACUCAGUUCAUUCACAUCAUCUGAAUUUUCUAACCAAAUUACUUAAUCCCAUAAUAGAGAUACCUAAAAUGCCUCAAGAUAAUUAUAGGAAGUCUUGGGGUUUAUUAGUGCUUUUUUGUUUUUUGAGACAGGAUCUUAUUACGUGGGCUAGGCUGGCUUGAAACUCAGUAUGUAGACCAGGCUAGUAGCCUCAACUCACAGAAAUCCGCCUGCUUCUGCUUCGCCAUUGAUGCUGCCAAGCUGAUUACUCUUAUAAGUUUCUGUCUCCUCGGUGUUCACAAAGGGACUCUGGCUUUGCUUUUGGGGACUAGCAAAGUAAGGUCAAUGAGUUUUUCCUAGUUAGAAAAUGGUAGUGUUUUUUAGGGUGUAAGAAAGUGUCUACUGCAUCAUAGUCCUGAGUCCCUGGGAAGUAGUAGCAGACCCGUUUCAUUCCUUAAUAGACAUUACAUCCAGGAAGCUGAAAACAAUUGUUUGGUAUUUCUAUGCUUAAUUUGAGGAAGGAAUACUUUCUGGCUUUCCUUUUUCCUUGCUCUGCACAUAACCCACUAGUAUGGUUUUUCUGUUCCUUAGCUCAGAGCAUCUAUAGACUGGCUUACCUAGCUGCCCUUACUCUUAUGUAGUAGAAAACCUUUCAGGCUGGGGACUUGGAGGAGAUGAACUGGAUUCCUCCCUCCUUCUGUUGCCAGGUCUCUCUGCAAUAGCACUUUAUCUGCUCAGUAUUUCUGGCUGUACUGGGCUUAUCUGUGACACCGAUGUAUCAAUAAAGUGGAAUUGUUCUCUGUG